UUUCACAUUUGAAAAUUUGCAAAUUCGCAUCCAUACUAAAUGAUACAUAUAAAAAGUUAAUUACAAUACAUAUUGCGAAAUAAAGAUAUGACACAGCAGCUCUUCCCCCCCGUAUGCAUUCGCCUAUGGAUGCAACAUUUAAUGUCUGGCGCAGCGGUGCCCAAACAGACAUUGGAGCGCUCAUUGCUUGGACCGUUGAAUUCUGAUGAGGCAAGCCAGGCGGUGGAGGAUGCUACAAACAUGGGUAUUCUGGUGGCCCAAGGAAAAGGCAUGCGUAGCGUUUUGUCCUUUUGCCAGAAACUGAAAUCCAUUCCCACCUCAUUGGCGGACAGAUAUUGCUACGAGUGCAACCUGCCUGGGGCACUGACGGGCUGCAAAUCGUGUUCGCGGUCAUUUCACGUAUUCUGUCAACGCAAACAUCCAGAAAAACCAACAUACGAUGUGCCCUCGGACAAGGGCCAGCCGUAUAGAUUCCCGCUAAAUGAAUCGGACACUGACGGAGAGACUGCCAGAAAAAAGAAGCGGAAGCACGAAUCACUUCCGAUGGAGCUCCAGCUGGACCACAACAGCAACAUCAGCAUUAGCCAUUUAGAUCGUAGUACCCCAUUGCCCUCUGUCAAGCGCGAGAGUCCGGAUUGGUACGACGAUGUGUCCUUUGUCAGCGAGCAGCCGGCUGCGCGUACGCGGAAAAAGUCCAAGGUUAAGACUGAGCAGCCACCGAUUGUAGAGCCGGAUUCGUCAAGCGAUCUGGAGAACUGCACUGCCUGUCGUCUGAUGACGCUGGCAAGGAUCCAACACCCCCCGCAUUUGGACAAGGAAGAGCUCAGUUGCGUGCUUCGCUACUCUUGGGCCAAGCAUCAGAGUUGGCUGAUCACAGAUGUGGAAAAGUACAUGAACAAACAUUUAAACAGUCGCGACAGAGCGCUGGUGAAGCGCAUUCUCUUCAAGACGAACACGCUUGGCCAGGCGGCCAUUGAGCGGAACAUUGAGGCAAAGAAGUACAAGUACUUGACGGAGCUCUUUGUCGAUUUGCUCGACCUGCAGCACAACAUCGGCGUCUUCUUUGGCCCCACAGAACAGGAGUACAAUGCCACACAAUGGCUGAUGCGCGAUGUAACGCACGACAUUCGGGAAAUCCGGCUUUGUCCGGACUGCUUUCGCAACUCCAACGAAAUGGAUUGCAGCAUGUGGUUCGCCAAGCCCUGCCUUCAGCGGCAUGAAGUGGUGUUUGCCAAGCAAGCCGGUUGGCCGCACUGGCCAGCAAAGGUGAUUAGCGUGUCAUCGAAAAAACCGAUCAAAUACGAUGUGCGCUUUUUUGGCAAAAACCAUUUGCGGGCAUCCGUCUUGGAGAAGGAUAUUAUUCCGAUAGAGGCCGAUGUGCCAUUCAAGCAGAAAGCGAAGAUGUCGAAAGCCCUGGUCGACGCCAUGAGGGAAUUGGAAUGUCACAAGAUGUUGUCAAACUACUCGGCCGAUCUCUUUGGCUUUCACGCAGAUCCCGCCGCCACCAAAGAGGCCAUCGAUAAGGCGCUGUCCCAUUGCCCGGAGCCCACAAUCACUGCGGCUCCUGCUAAGCGUGUGCGCCCCUGCACCCCAGCGAUUAGUGCCAAGAGGCCGCAAAUGAGUGCAGCCACUCCUACUCCGGUUCCCACUCGACUACUGCCACAACGUCGGUUGCACCUUGCAGCUCACAUCGCGGGAAGAGAUGAAAGAGAUGAACCAAUGACAGGAAAUGAUGAGCUUCACAACCUAAGAUUAGAUUUAAUCGAUUGCCAGGAUAAGUUAUUAGAAAAGACUGAGGCACUGGCCGCCCUGAGAAAGGAGAUGAUCGAUAGCAAGCGCAAGCGCUGGUGUCAGCUAUGCCUUCAGGCGGCUCGGUUCGAUUGCUGCUUUAACGCCUCGUACUGCAGCUCAAAAUGCCAGAGUCGGCACAAAAAACUUCACAAGCGUGUGUGCAAGGCAAAACAUUAGAAUAUCUGAAAAUGUCAGCCUGUAGCCCCUUCAGAAUUGUUUGGCAUGGUCGGAGAGGAAGGAACGACUCCUGGUUUUUAAAAACAGAGCACCAGCAACCCUCUUGCUUCCAUUUAGAAACUUCAACAGUUCAACAGUAUUGGCCUUCAUUUUGUUUCUUUCUUUUUAUUUAUUGUAUUGGCUCCUCGAGAGAGUAAGCUAACUGGAAAUGUAAAUCCAAUGGAGCCUUUCUAUAUACUUACACGCUAGCUUAUAGGUAUGUACAUAGUGAAAAAUGAAUAUAUCCCAGUUAAGAUCUUAGACCAGACGAGACGGCUUGAAGAACUGCCCUUCUGGUCCAAGAGUCUUGUGAAAUAAAACUACUUGUGUGCAUUGUUUUGCAUUAA